AUGGCUAAUGGGAUGUAUCUUCGCAGUGCCAUACCUCCCCCGCCUCGAUACCCUACGACGAAUGGACUACCGCCGCAAACACUAGAGACAGCAAACAUCCUCCACCACCCCGAGGGGCCAGAAUACCGAUAUCAGGUGGGCGAAGGCACAUAUAUCCUACGAGAUGACUUACAGCUGGCGACACCGCCGCCACAUCCUUCAGAAGCCCCCGUGAUCAACCCGAAUCCUUUGGCUACGGGUGCUGCCCCACCUACAGCAGGGGUGAAGAUGUCACUGGUGUCACUCAAUCCCAAGAAGAUACGACCAGAUCUAUACAAGACUAAUACAACGACGAGUUCUCUGCUGAGAUGGCGGUCGCUCGGACUGAACAACUCCAAGGAGUCUAAGGAGUCCAAGGAAGCCGAAAGGGAACCCAGGAAGUCCACCGAGUCCAAGACCUCGAGUCAAAAUGGCAGCUCGAAAUCGUCCAAUGCGCCCGCGUUUGGCGUAGGCAAUGCGCUACUCUCGCCUGUGAUCAGUACCGAAGCUGGCCUUCGCCGGCGGAAACCCAAGAACAACAUCAUCAAAUCGAACUCGUCAUUUGUGUCGCGAGUGAUACCACACGAAGCACUGGCGAAGAAAUUGUCGGAAAGGGAUCAGGGCGGCUCUUUCGCAUUUGUGAACAUCAAUCGAGCUUUUCAAUGGCUGGAUUUGUCGUCUGGUACGAAAGCUGAGCCAAUGACCAAGAUUCUCUUCACCAAGGCGCACAUGUUAUGCCAUGAUGUGAAUCCGCUCACCAAGCACCCAACACAUAUUGAUCUCGUUAUGGGGUCGUCAGCCAGCGACAUCAUAUGGUACGAGCCGAUGUCGCAAAAGUAUGCUCGAAUCAACAAGAACGGUAUCAUCAAUGGGUCACCGGUUUCCAAGAUCAAGUGGAUUCCGGGCUCGGAGAACUAUUUUCUUGCAGCGCAUAUGGAUGGCACGUUGGUUGUGUACGACAAGGAACGGGAAGAUGCGCCGUUCGAGAGCGAGGCCGUGGUAGACGAGGGAAUUCACAUUGAGGACGAUGAGCGGUCGACCUUGAACAUCACCAAAAGCGUCAACUCGACGAACCAGAAAGCAAAUCCGGUUGCGUGUUGGAAGAUAUCGAACCAGAGCGUCAACGACUUCGCAUUCUCUCCGGACGGUCGAUAUCUGGCAUGUGUCAGUGAAGACGGAUAUCUACGCAUCAUUGACUACCUGCAAGAGAAGCUGACUGAUGUUUACAACGCGUAUUACGGCGGAUUUACAUGUGUAACAUGGUCGCCCGAUGGCAAAUACAUCGUGACCGGCGGUCAAGACGACCUCGUGUCGAUUUGGUCAUUGAAUGAGCGGCAGAUCGUCGCUCGGUGUCCAGGUCACGACUCUUGGGUAACGGCUGUUGCAUUUGACCCGUGGCGAUGCGAUGACAAGAGCUAUCGUUUCGGCAGCGUUGGCGAUGAUUGUAAGCUCUUGCUGUGGGACUUUAAUGUUGGCAUGCUGCAUCGUCCCAAAGGGGCCGGCGGCCGGACUCGAGGCAGUGUCUCCGCACAAUCAACACUAGGUCGUCAACGGACUGAGAGCACAACUGUUGGUAGAUUACGGUCCGAUUCGAACAGGACGACGAGCGUCCAUCAGCCUGAGCAGGAGCUCGACGAAGACGCAGAGUUUAUGAAUCACGAAGUUGAGCCACGCUCGCGGACAGCUCAACUUCCUCCUAUACUGUCAAAGAAGGUGGAUGAGCAUGCACUCAGCGGCAUCGCAUUUGAGCAAGAAUGCAUUAUUACUGCUUGCCAAGAAGGCCAUGUUCGCACGUGGGAUCGACCACGCGAGCCGGUGAACAGUAGUCAGCUCGAUCUGACCAGUACGAAGAGCCAGUAG